AUGUCUUCUACUCUCACGACAACUACGGCGAGCCAAGGCCAAACUGUUAGGAUCGAAAGCAAAGAUCCUAUGAGGUCAACCUGGCGUCGCAGCGACAAGCGUACGUGGAAGAUCGGUCACUGGAUUAUCGAACGUCUAGGACUCUAUCACGAUGAGCUUGACCGACCUGCGCCCGUCCACUCCAAAACCGAAUCAGUGCCUUAUGUCCCACACUGGCAGUUCCAUCGGUGGAUACUGCUACACGCAACAAUACCUCUCCUACUUCAUCAAGGUUUUGUAUCCUUGACUGGAUAUAACGUUCACCCCGUAGCGGCUUUCGUAUUCUACAGCGUGGCGAUAAAGGCUGUCGCCAUCCACCAAAUCAAUACCAUGCGCGGUCUAGGCCAACGCUACGGAUUCCUUGAUGGCGACAAGCAUGAACGCGACGGGGUCCCCGACAAAAGUGUCAAAACAGUCCUCGAGUCACUCAUAUCUACUGCCACAUUUCGAUCAAUGAUGGCUGUGAUUCUUUCGUACCGUUCGAACGAGGCUCCGGCCACAAUAAAUUGGAUGCUUCUUCCUCUCGAGAUUGGUCUCUACGGUGUUGUCUUGGAUUUUUGGUUUUAUUGGUAUCACCGACUUAUGCACGAGGUCGACUCGUUGUGGAAGUACCACAAGACACACCACCUUACGAAACACCCGAACCCUCUUCUCACGCUUUUCGCGGACAGUGAACAAGAGUUCUGGGACAUCGCCGGUAUCCCUUUCUUGACGUGGGCGACGCUCAAGCUCGUAGGGCUGCCAAUGGGCUUUUACGAAUGGUGGUUCUGUCAGGAAUAUGUUAUUUUCACUGAAUUGACGGGACAUAGCGGGCUGCGUCUUUAUGCCACAACUCCGACACCUUUCGCAUGGCCGCUUCAGUUUUUCAACUGCGAGUUGGUGCUUGAGGAUCAUGAUCUCCAUCAUCGGAAAGGCUGGAAGACUAGCGGCAACUACGGCAAGCACACUCGAUUGUGGGAUCGUAUCUUCGGAACCUGCAUGGACAGAAUCGAAUGUGCUGCCGAUUCUGCUGACUACACGAAUACAGCUGUCAUUCCACUCUUGUAA